GCGCCGAGGCCCCGUUUCAAGAUGGCGGACGAUGGUGAGACAGCAGUGAGGCGGCCACCGGCGAGGCCUCCGCGGCCGUCGGCGGAGGAGAACGACCACGAGCACUGCAGCGACUGCGAGAACGAGGCGGAGCACGGGUCCAACCGGGGCGGCUUGAGUCCAGCAAAUGACAGCGGAGCCAAAAAGAAGAAAAAGAAACCCAAACGGAAGAAAGAGAAAGGAGGAGAUCAGCCCGACCAGGCUCAGGAUCAGUCAGUGAAGGUGAACUCUUUACCUGCUGAGAGGAUCCAGGAGAUUCAAAAAGCCAUUGAGCUCUUCUCUGUAGGUCAAGGCCCUGCCAAAACCAUGGAGGAAGCCAGCAAGAGGAGCUACCAGUUCUGGGACACGCAGCCGGUGCCCAAACUAGGAGAAGUGGUGAACACCCAUGGUCCUGUUGAGCCAGACAAAGACAAUAUCCGUCAGGAGCCAUACACCUUGCCCCAGGGCUUCACCUGGGAUGCCCUGGACCUUGGGGAUAGAGGCGUGCUGAAAGAGCUGUACACACUUCUGAAUGAGAAUUACGUGGAGGACGAUGACAACAUGUUCCGGUUCGAUUACUCUCCUGAGUUCCUGCUGUGGGCGCUGCGUCCUCCAGGGUGGUUGCCCCAGUGGCACUGUGGAGUCAGAGUUGUCUCCAGCAAGAAGCUGGUUGGAUUUAUCAGUGCGAUUCCAGCCACUAUCCACAUCUAUGACACAGAGAAGAAGAUGGUAGAGAUAAACUUCCUGUGCGUCCACAAAAAGUUGCGCUCAAAACGGGUGGCUCCAGUUCUGAUCCGUGAGAUCACGCGGCGGGUUCAUCUGGAGGGGAUCUUUCAGGCUGUUUACACUGCGGGAGUGGUGCUGCCAAAGCCUGUGGGGACUUGCAGGUACUGGCACCGGUCCCUGAAUCCUCGGAAACUCAUCGAGGUCAAAUUUUCUCACCUGAGCAGGAACAUGACUAUGCAACGUACCAUGAAGCUUUACCGGUUGCCCGAGACUCCCAAGACUCCCGGCUUGCGGCCAAUGGAGAACAGAGAUAUCUCUGCAGUGCACAAGCUCUUGACCGAUUACCUGAAGCAGUUCCACCUGACGCCUGUCAUGAGCCGAGAGGAGGUGGAGCACUGGUUCUUACCUCAGGAGAACAUCAUUGACACCUUUGUGGUAGAGAGCGCCCCAGGGGAGGUGACAGACUUCCUGAGCUUCUACACGCUGCCCUCCACCAUCAUGAACCACCCUACUCACAAGAGCCUGAAAGCUGCUUACUCCUUCUACAAUGUUCACACCAAGACACCUCUCAUCGACCUCAUGAGUGAUGCUCUUAUACUCGCCAAGUCGAAAGGAUUCGACGUCUUCAAUGCACUGGAUCUCAUGGAAAACAAAACCUUCCUGGAGAAGCUGAAGUUUGGGAUUGGGGACGGGAACCUGCAGUAUUACCUGUACAAUUGGAAGUGUCCUAGCAUGGCACCAGAGAAGGUCGGACUGGUGUUGCAGUAAGCGAGCCCUUGCCAGGAGAGCGCGCUGCCGCCGAGGAGCCAGGCCCAGUGAAGGUGCUGCCCUCGUCCUUUCCGCCAAAGCCAGACCUACGCCGGGAGAGGUGGAACCGAACCAGCCGCACAGCCACCCACCGCCUGGAUUCACCGACCGUGUCCCGCAGCGCCGGCCGCCGCUCCCCCGCUGGCAUCAGCGGUCUCCUUUGUUUUGAUUUAAUUGCAUCCUCGUAAAGACGUGAUCAAGGGAAUGUAACUGCUGAAACUAGCUCAUGAUUGGCAUAUAAUGGAGUUAACGGGUGAAUAAUAAAAGUAUAUAUUAUAUA